ACCAUGUUGUCCAUCCUUCUGCUCGCCCUAACCUUUGCGGUGGUGCCCGGCCGCGUCAUCGAAGAACCGUCCGCCUUUGACUGUUCCAACCUGGUUGACGGGAAGUUCUACGGCGAUACGGUAGACUGCGCCACCUACCAUCUGUGUCUGGUAGGGCGCGCCUUCACGCUGCAGUGCCCGGAUGGACUGUACUGGGACCAGGGGAACAAAGUGUGCGACGCCAAGGCCAAAGUGCUCUGUAAAACAAGUCAGGUGAAACAAAUCUGUAUCAACAAUCCAUGUAUGAACGGUGGCACCUGCAGUGACGUCAUUAACGGGUACGAGUGCGCCUGCGCACCAGGGUGGCGAGGGAAAGACUGUAACGAGGCUGAUCACUGCUGGAGCGCCCCCUGUCACAACGGCGGCAUGUGCACGGAGGACGGCACGGGGUACAAGUGCGCAUGUCUGCCCGGCUGGCAGGGAAACAGCUGCGAUGAACCAGACCCCUGUGCGAGCUUCCCCUGUGCAAACGGCGGGCUGUGUAUGGUGGCGCUGAACACGUACACCUGCAUGUGUCCUGAGGGAUGGCACGGCGUUAACUGCCAGGAUAAGGACGUCGACCCCUGUCAGAACAACCCAUGCCAGAACGGCGGCCACUGUAUGAAGGACGGCCCUGCUGACUACAGCUGCCUCUGUCCUAUCGGCUGGGGUGGGAAGAACUGUGAGACUUCGGCCAGCUGCAUGAGUAGUCCAUGUCUGAAUGGCGGAGUCUGCGUGGAAGAACCGACCGGCUUCAGCUGCAGGUGUCAGAGCGGAUGGGUAGGCGACCACUGUGAAUUCGGUUGCCAGGACCCGCCGUCCCUGUUCACCUGUCCGGACACCUGGAGUCUGAAGUGGCUGGACGGGACCGGCAUCCGCCAUCUCACCGGGAACGACUCUUACUGCGCAGACGUGUUCUGCUACCCUCCCUACUUCACCGGGUUCGCCGGCUCCCCAACCUACCUGCAUGACCGUGUGGAGCUGGACCGUGUGCACGCGUUCCAGGCCCUGCGGUACAUGACUGAGAGCGGGCAGGACAUCAACUCCGAGAACGGCCUGGCCCUUCAGCACGUCUUCUUCUCUGUGCUGGACUACGCCGAGCGGCAGACCAGGAGCGGGCAGCGGGUCUGGAAGCUUCUCGGCCCCAUCAAGAUGCAGGACGGCGCCUGCUGCCAAAAGUACGGCCUCGGUACCUACUACCGUGCCACGGAGGCCUUCCACUUCAUGGGUAUGCUGUGAGAACCUCACUUCCUCCCGAAGGACACCGACUGCUGAUGUGAUGUGUUGUCUAACUGCUGACAAUAGUAAAAUCGUAGACUCAAUUGAACAUUAACGUCGUAGGCAUGUUUUGCACCUAUUGGUUCUGUGCUUUAACGGACUCGUGUGAUAGGCUAAGUAUUCUUUUAGUUAGUGGACCUGACAUUAGCCCUCUUAGGCUAUAUUUACAAUGUUGAAACAAUGAGUCUGAAGACACAGUAAUGGUGUACGGUUGCACUGCCACUGGACUCGAGAGGAAGCCCGUAUUUCUAAAUGGAGUCCUGUUGUAGGUCACUUUCUAUGCACUCGUAGAUGGC